AUGGCAACCAACUGCGCAAUCCAGACCUUCGUCAUCCCAGAAGAUCAAAUCUAUGCCAGUCAACAGCCCUCUCCCGCCAGCUCUGCCUCUCCUGCCUCUCCACGAAUGCAGGAAUAUCUUCAGCAAGUCGCUCCCAAUCCGUACAAGCAAUUGCGACCCAUGAAAUCCCCUCUAUAUGUGCCUGCGGCUCUAAGACCUACCGAACACUUCUCCACCACUUCUCCCAUGACACCACCCAAGAGCUUGCAUGGUUCACUCGACAAUCUACAAGAUGCACCCGUUUCACAGAGUCCAGAAGAGCACCACUUGGAUGGCUUUGAUCCCGACUGGUUACAAGCUGAAGAGCUAAGUGAUGUGACUGGGCCCCCAAAAAAGGACCAUUGGAAGCCCGACGAAGCUUCACCGACGUGCGACUCUCCUCAGUGUCGCUCCUCUUUCAACCUCUUUGUCCGCAAACAUCACUGUCGCCACUGCGGACACAUCUUUUGCUCCACCCAUACCACAUAUACGAUUCCCUUGGAUCAAGAUGCCAAAUUCCAUCCUGGCGGUCUACAUUCCAGAGCUUGCGAGACAUGUCAUCGCCAGUAUCAAAGGUGGGAUACCGCUAGAUCUAUUCGCCGCAAGAACAGCCAGAACAGCAAAGACGACGGCAGUGAAAGUGGGCCCCCAACCCCUCUAGCAGGACCUCCUGGUCACCAUAGGAUGAUUUCAGGCGGGUUCCGAGGAGGGAAGCCAGUCGAACAAGUUGCCAAUAGUGUUCCCAAAGAUUGGCACUGGAGCACCUUUUGA